CUUUGAGCGGUUGCUGUGGAAUAGGGGACAGACAGAAAGAGAGCGAGAGAGAGGAAAGGAGCGAAUGAGGAAGGAGGAAAGAGUAGAACAUAGAGCGGUUAGACGUAAUUAGCUGUCGGCCUUGCUGUUUGGCGCCAACCUGCCGAAGACACAGCAGCAGGAUAAACCUAGCAUGCGAGCUAAUAUCGAUUAUUUAUAUUCCGCUGCUAUGUUCAACUAGCCGAGGCAGCUAACGCGUAGUCGUGCUCUCUCAUUAGCGUGGUAUUAUUUCGGUGCAUCUCUGAGGACUUUGGUUUCCUAGCUUCGCGAUAUAUAUAUAUAUAUUUUCUUCAAUUUUUUAACUCCUAAGGUGGUAACCGCUAACUGUCUUCGAGGUGAACGGCUACAAAAUGGGGAGAAAAUCAAACAGAGCGAAGGAGAAGAAGCAGAGGAGACUUGAAGAAAGAGCAGCUAUGGAUGCUGUGUGCGCUAAAGUGGUUGCAGCCAAUAAGCUUGAAGACCCUCUGUCGGCUUUUCCAGUGUUCAAGAAGUAUGACCGAAACGGGUUAAAUCUGGAGAUUGAGUGCAAGCGGGUGACUGCACUGACUCCUAUCACUUUGGAGUGGGCCUAUGAGCUGACUAGAGCCAACGUACAGACACUAUAUGAACAGAGCGAGUGGGGAUGGAAGGAGAGGGAGAAGAGGGAGGAGAUGAAGGAUGAGAGAGCAUGGUAUCUCCUGGCCCGCGAUGCCGAAUCAGCCCCUGUUGCUUUCUCUCAUUUUCGAUUUGAUGUAGAAUGUGGUGACGAGGUGUUAUAUUGUUAUGAACUCCAGUUGGAGAGCAAGGUCAGGCGGAAAGGCCUGGGAAAGUUUCUUGUCCAGAUCUUGCAGCUCAUAGCCAACAGUACACAGAUGAAAAAGGUCAUGCUGACGGUUUUUAAACACAACCAUGGAGCCUACCAGUUUUUUCGGGAGGCCUUACAAUUUGAGAUCGACGAAACCUCGCCCAGCAUGUCCGGAUGCUGUGGAGAUGAGUACUCUUACGAGAUUUUGAGUCGACGGACGAAAUAUGGCGAGGUGUCGGGUCAUGCGCAUGCUGGCAGCCACUGUGGAGGCUGCUGCCAUUAGGUGCUGGUCCUGCUGUUCUGUUACACAAACGCGUCUCAUUCGAACCGCCUGUCAACAAUCAUGUUUGGCCUGUGUUGCUCCCGUAUUACAUCCCCUUAAGCCUAGUUCAGUCAUACAAAGUAGCCAAAAAGAACAAGAAAUGAAAAGGAGCUUAUCAGAAUACUACUGAUUUGUUCAUCUUUCAGUAACUGGUAUUUAACAGAGUGUUUAGAGUGAGACAUCUUGCAUUUCAAGUGACUUGCCUAAGAGGAUCACCGUUAAUAAUGUGAAAUAUGGACUGGAUAGCAACUUUCUUGAAUGUUUAGUCAUGUGUAAUGAGUGUGAAGAAUGUGACUGGAUAUUUGUAAUGAAAGUGUAAAGUGUCUUAUCCUUCAGUUAUAUCCAUCCACAUUUGAUGCACACUGUGGUUGUCUUGUACACAACAAAAUUAAGUCAUGAUAUUGGAGAUUGCAGCAGAUUUAAAGCUUUAUUUACAUUUUCGUUUAUACAUGAAACAUAGUGCUAAAUAUUUUGAGUUUAUAUUAGAGCAAUUGGUGAUUUUGCAAGCUUUUGAUAUUUUCUACCUCUUUUUUUUCUCAUUAGAUUGUUUGAAUUAGUUUGAAACAGUUAAACUGCAGCCUUUUUUUUUUUUUUUUUUUUUUUAAGAAUGAGAAGCCGAGCUGUGUGUUAAACGGUGCUCUUAAUGACCAUGUACAGGUGAGGCAUAUUAAAGCUAAAGCUAAAGCUGCAAAGCAGUGACUGAACUAGGCUUUAGACUCAUCUUUCAUCUAUGAAGGUCCUCCUUGUUGCUUAAUAUUUUUUAAUGUAAUAGCUGCCCAUGAUUUGAAGAAGAACAAAUAUAUUUCCUAUCCAGCUUCAUGAAUCUUUUGAAUAACAGAGAUGGCAGUAAUGCUCAUGUGACCGCUGUGUAGUGAACUUUUUCUCACCUCAGGAACCAGCAUGGUGAGUAGUCCAUCUACACAACCCAUGGUGAUAAUCACAACAGACAUUAAGGCUGGACUUAAUGCGUUUAGCCUACAAUUCUCUCUCACUCAAGCUGCUGAUCAUUAAACUGAGUUCAAGGGCAUGGCACACUGGCUGUUACUGCCAUUUUCUCUCUAUUGCUCUGUCAGGGUACUUGUACAUACAUUUUAACAAAAUGCAAGGGGCUUACCUAAGUGUUGUAUUUCUUUAAGGAUCUGAAUACAAUGAAUGGUUUUGUAUUCUUUAUAAUCACUCGAACUGGUCAGUCUCAGGUCAUUCAACUAAGUAAAACCUAUAUUGAAUAUUUUAUAACAGCUAGCCCUAGCUAAUCGAUAAAGGGGCUGAAGCAUAUUCCAACACACCCUUAGUGUAGAGAAGUACAUUUUUUUUAUGUAUCACAGCCUUCUUUUAUCAUCUGAAAACACAAGGUUUUUUUUUUUUUUUUUUUGGCUUAACUGUAUAUAAUCUGCUGUUUUAUUUUUAUUCGCCUUCACCAAGGUCUUUGGGGAGAAAUAACAUUGAGACAAUUUAAAAGUGAUAAUGUUUGAUAAAUGAGUAUUCCUGUCUCAUGCUUAGUUGUUAAUGCAGAAAGGGAAGUUAUUUCAGCUUUUGGUGUUUUAUUUGUAUGCAACAAAUAAACUUGUUUGACUCAAA